AUUAUCUAUAAUUUUUAUUCUUUAAAAGUUUUCAUUUGUUUUAUUGUUUAUUUCGAGUUAAUCGACUAACGUAGUUUAUAUAUUUUCGAGACUCUCAUUUCCGGUUAGUAAAAUAGUUCUCUUCAAUCAAGAUGGCCCCCAAACCGAAACCUACGGAGAAAACAAGCAAGGCUUCUGAAAAGAAAUCAGAAAAGAAAACUGAGAAGAAACCGGCGUCAAUUGCAGCUUCUUCCAAAGUAACAAAACCAGCAUCGAAGCCUACCGCUGCAAAAAAAGCAGCUGGUACAAAACCUGCAAGUACUGCUAAACCUGCAGCAAAACCUGCAGCUAAGCCUGCACCAAAAGUAGCAGCCAAGCCUCUAAUUUCAAAACCUAAAAAAAAUGCACAAACAGCAAAGAAAACGCCUAAGGGAGGCAAGCCAGCAACACCUCUUAAAAAAGCCCUUAAGACUCAAAAAAAGAUUCUGAAAGGUGUACAUGGAUCUAGAGUAAGAAAAAUUAGGACUUCUGUUCAUUUCCACCGGCCAAAGACAUUUAGGCCUCCAAGAAAUCCUAAGUAUGCACGAAAAUCUGUACCCAAUAGAAGUCGAAUGGAUGCAUUUAACAUCAUCAAAUUUCCUUUGACUACAGAAGCAGCGAUGAAAAAAAUAGAGGACAAUAAUACAUUAGUUUUUAUUGUACAUACGCGUGCAAAUAAAUAUCAUAUCAAAUCAUCUAUUAAAAAGCUUUACGAGGUCGAUGUGGCAAAAGUGAAUACACUUAUUAGGCCAGACGGUAAAAAGAAGGUAUAUGUGCGUUUAACGCGUGAUUAUGAUGCUCUCGAUGUUGCCAAUAAGAUUGGCAUUAUAUAAAUACGUUUAAUGAAUAAUUAUAAAAUAUAAAAAAUUGUCUGUAUUGAUAAUAAAUCUAAUACAGUUCA